GCCUAGGUCUAUGACUGUGUGCUUUUGAGCAUUUGUUUGUUGUAUGCAUAUAUAUUGUGUAUAUAUGUAAUAUAUAUUGUAUCUUACAGGAAAAGAUACUUUUUAAAGCAAACUGGUGACUCGGGACUUUAGGUUAACGAUCAGGGAAGGAAAGCUUCCUUGACAAUUUCAGCUUUACAUUGACUGGAAAAAAAGAUGUAGACAAUUUUUGUUCUAUAGAGGAAAUUGAAAGAGAGCUUAGUUUUAAAAGACAGAUUUCGGUGAGUUGAAGGUGGAGGGAAAAAUGUGGAUGCUGGUAGAAGACCUGCGGAUCACUUCAGUCUUGAGGCAACAUGGAGCACUCACAAAGAGAAGACUGAAAACGACUGGUAUCUGGCUUAAGAAGGAGGGGGCUGUGCUGAAGACUAAAUAAUCAAGUGGAACUGUAACGUGUGUUUCUGGUCUGGAAGCCAUUCCCACAAUCUUUCUAGAGCCGGAACAAAACAUCCAUUGAUUUAAAUAGAGAAUCAAGAUCCUGCUUAAUGCUGGGUGAAGAACUAUGGUGUGAUUCCUGUCUUGGGUGAAAAAAACUGCUCUUCUAAAGGACUAUGCAGUACUGUAGUGGAGGCUGACCGCUGCAGUCAAGCGUGAGAAAGUUUGUUUUUUCUUCAAUGAAACAGAGGUCAUCUUGAUUACAGCAACACUCAGUUUUGUCCCUCAGAUGCAUGGCUGUAUUUCUGCUUAUGAAGAUCUGCUGAAUCUAUUACGAAGGCAAGGGUGGACAAUCAGAAUAGCGGAAGUCUUGAUUCUUUAAAUGGACACCUGCUCUUGCGGUAUGGCCCAGAUACCCAGUAGCGAUGGAUUUAGACAGCGUUCAUCCCCUCCUUUGGCAACAGCAAGGUCAAAAGAUGUGGACAAAGAGGAGGCAUUGCAGAUGGAAGCUGAGGCAUUAGCUAAACUGCAGAAAGAAAGAGGUGUAGCUGGUAAUAAACAAACCCUUCCUUCUUUAGGCAGCACUGGACAAAAAGUGCAGACUAAUAACAAACAGGACUGUGAUCUCAUGGUGUUUCCAGAGUCCGAUUCCAAGAGAAUGGAGGAUAAACUAAGUACCAUUGACAUAGAGAAGCUUACUCAUGCUGAACUAGAGAAACUGCUGCUGGAUGACAGUUUUGAAUCUAGUAGAGCACCUACGUUACCAGUAACUCCCAUUUUGAGCCCCUCUGUUUCUUCACAAUUUUAUCUUGGGCCUGCUGGUCGGAGAGGACAGUGGACGCCUGCGAUACCAGCACCUGUGACUUGCACUUUACCUCCUGUUUAUCCCUCAGCUUCUUAUACAAAGCAGACUGGUGUAUUUCAGAAUGGAUUCCAUCCGAGUACGUCCUCCUAUCGCUCGACAGAGCCUAUUUAUUUUGGUCUUCCAAGACAGUCACAGUACAUUUCAUAUCCAUUGGCAGCUACUACACCUUUCCAUCCACAAGGAAGCCUACCCCUAUAUCCUCCAGUACUUACACCAGAAAUGGCAAAAGUAUUUGACAAAAUUGCAAGCACGUCAGAAUUUCUGAGAAAUGGGAAGUCAAGCGCUGACUUAGAGAUGACUGCUAUUAAGUCUGCAGUUUCUAAUCUACCAGCCUCAGAAAGCUGCAGAGACAUUAGUAAAUUUGACUGGCUAGAUUUGGAUCCGCUAAGUAAACCAAAAAGGGAUAGCGUGGAGACUUUGUAUAAGGCAGAAGAUGAUGGCGAGAUGACUUCUAGUAAGACUGCGGAAGAUCCGUGGGAUGCUGUACUGUUAGAAGAAAAGUUGUUAGUAAGUUGUCAUCUGGAAAGGAAAGUUAAUGGGAAAUCUUCUGGAGCAACAGUUACAAGGAGCCAGUCCUUAAACAUUCGAACAACUCAGCUUGUGAAGUUACAGGGCCAAACAACAGAGUUGCAGAAAGACAAUGGGACCACUGGCAUGCUGACAGAAAACACACUUCUCCAAGAAAUUGAAGGGCAGAAUCAAGAACUGUCAGCUUUUUCUCAAGCAAUUAUGAAAUUGAGGACCAAGUUUCCUUAUGGUAAUCAACAAACAAAUCCAGGUUUUGUGCUGAGUCCAAUCAUGCUGCAAAGAAAUAUAAAUGGAGAGAGUGCCAGUAUCAAGGUUUCUAUAGAAAUUAAAGGAUUCCAGCAGCCAGUAACUUUUACAUGUGAUGUGAGUUCCCCUGUUGAGCUUAUAAUAAUGCAGGCACUUUGCUGGGUGCAUGAUGACUUGAAUGAAGUGGACAUUGGCAGCUAUAUCCUGAAAGUCUGUGGCCAAGAAGAAGUUUUACAGAAUAAGCACUGUGUAGGAAGCCACGAAUAUAUUCAGAACUGCCGAAAAUGGGAUACAGAAAUUAAACUGCAGCUCUUGACCCAUAGUGUGGUGUGCAGAGAUCUUGCACGAACAGAAGAAGAUGAUAGAACACCCAUACAUCUAACCAAACACCUCUACAAAGUAGAAAAGCCUUUCAGAGAUGUUAUUAUAAGGUCUUCUAUUGAAGAGCUUCUUGAUGCAUAUCAUAAACAAAUUGACAUAGCGCUUAAAAAUGAGAACCAACAUAAAGCAGUAGAACAUGUAAUAAAGACUGUCAGAAAAAUCUGUUACACAUUGGAUGGUGUAGAGACUCCUGCAGUAACAGAAUCUGUAAAGAAGCUAAGGAGGGUUGUUAAUCUUCCAAGGACUAAAAACACCAAGGUAUCCUUAAAACAUGGUGAGGACGCGAGCAAGAGCUCAUCUGGUUUAUUGCAGCCUGAAAACCCUCUGAAAGUGACUAUAGACCAGUUAACAAGAGCAGUUGAGGGCCUUCUGCGACUCCACGUGAAUUCAUGCAGCAGCAGUUCUGCAGCGAUUUCUCCAAAAGAUAGCAGGGGCAUCAAGGAAGCAUGGACUGCCACGGAACAUCUCCAGUUCACAAUAUUUGCUGCACAUGGAAUAUUUCCUGCUUGGGUAUCAAAUUAUGAAAAAUACUACUUGAUUUGUUCUCUGACCCAUAAUGGAAAAGAUCUGUUUAAACCUGUUCAGUCCAAGAAGGUUGGCACAUACAAAAGCUUCUUCUACCUGAUCAAGUGGGAUGAACUAAUAAUUUUCCCCAUCCAGAUUGCACAGCUGCCAUUGGAAUCAGUCUUGUGUUUGACGUUGUUUGGAAUCCUAAGUCAAAGUAGUGGAAGUUCUCCUGACUCAAAUAAACAGAGAAAGGGCCCAGAAGUUUUGGGUCAUGUUUCUCUACCUCUUUUUGAUUUUAGACGAUUGUUAACUUGUGGAACAAAGCUCUUGCAACUCUGGACCUCAUCGCAUCCCAGUCAUGCAUCAGGGAUGGCCAGUAAGAGAGGAAAUAUGGAAAGAAUACUAUUGCAGGUGGACUUCCCAUCCUUUGCUUUUGAUAUUGUAUAUCAAAUUCCACAAGCUGCAAAGACUGCUGUGUGUCAUUCUGUAGAAACAUUGGAAAAACCAUUGAGGGAACGUCUCCUUACCAUUCUCUCCAAAGAUAACACCAUUGGGCUAUCAAAAGAAGAUAAAGAAUUUUUGUGGGAGAAGAGACAUUAUUGUCAUAGUCAUACUAAUAGCCUACCAAAAAUAUUGGCUAGUGCCCCUUCCUGGGACUGGGCAAGUCUUCCUGAAAUAUAUUCAUUACUUCAGCAGUGGUCUCCUUUAUCACCCUUAGCUGCACUGGAACUACUUGAUUCAAAGUUUGCUGAUCAGGAAGUGCGAACUACAGCUGUAAACUGGAUAGAUGCAUUAAGUGAUGAUGAAUUAACAGACUUCCUCCCUCAGUUUGUGCAGGCGCUGAAGUAUGAAACCUAUCUGGACAGUGCUCUUGUCAGGUUUAUUUUGGCUCGGGCUUUGGGAAGCAUUAGAAUAGCGCACUACCUAUACUGGCUUCUUAAGGAUACACUACAUGAUGCCAAGUUUGGUGUAAGGUAUGAGCAAAUUCUUGGAGCCUUUCUUUCGGUCUGUGGAAAAGGCUUGAGGGAAGAGCUGGAGAAGCAAACCAGACUGGUACAGCUUUUUGGAAUGGUAGCAGAAAAAGUAAAGCAAACAAGCGGAUCUGCUAGACAGGCAGUCUUGCAAAAUGGUAUGGAAUGUGUACAGUCCUUUUUCCUGAAGAACAAAUGCCGUUUGCCUCUCAAUCCUAGCCUUGUGGCAAAAGAACUAAAUAUUAAGGCAUGUUCCUUCUUCAGCUCCAAUGCAGUACCACUGAAAGUUGCACUGAUAAAUGCAGACCCUCUGGGAGAAGAAAUUAAUGUGAUGUUUAAGGUUGGAGAAGAUCUGCGACAAGAUAUGCUGGCUUUACAAAUGAUUAAGAUUAUGGAUAAGAUCUGGCUGCAGGAGGGGCUGGAUCUACGAAUGGUUAUCUUCAAGUGUCUCUCAACUGGAAAAGAUCGAGGCAUGGUAGAGCUUGUUCCUGCUUCAGAUACACUUAGGAAAAUUCAAGUGGAAUAUGGAGUGACGGGUUCUUUUAAAGACAAACCCCUGGCAGAAUGGUUGCGAAAGUACAAUCCAACAGAGGAGGAAUAUGAAAAGGCUUCAGAAAACUUCAUUUAUUCUUGUGCGGGAUGCUGCGUAGCUACUUACGUGUUGGGAAUUUGUGACCGCCAUAAUGAUAACAUAAUGCUUCGAAACACAGGGCAUAUGUUUCACAUCGACUUUGGAAAAUUUUUGGGUCACGCACAAAUGUUUGGUAGCUUUAAAAGGGAUCGGGCUCCUUUUGUGCUAACGUCAGAUAUGGCUUAUGUCAUUAAUGGUGGUGAAAAGCCCACAAUUCGCUUUCAGUUGUUUGUGGAUCUCUGUUGUCAAGCUUACAACUUAAUAAGAAAACAUGCAAACCUCUUCCUUAACCUGCUUUCACUGAUGCUUUCUUCAGGAUUACCAGAACUAAGUGGAGUUCAGGACUUGAAGUAUGUCCAGGAUGCUCUCCAGCCCCAAACAACAGAUGCAGAAGCUACAAUUUUCUUUACAAGGUUGAUCGAAUCCAGUCUGGGAAGUGUUGCCACGAAGUUUAAUUUCUUCAUUCACAACUUGGCUCAGCUGCGUUUCUCGGGUCUUCCUUCUAAUGAUGAACCCAUCCUCUCAUUUUCUGCUAAAACCUACUCUCUCAAACAAGAUGGCCGAAUCAAACAAGUAUCUGUGUUUACAUAUCAGAAGAGAUACAAUCCAGAUAAACAUUAUAUCUACGUAGUGAGAGUUCUGAGAGAAGGGCAGGUUGAACCAACAUUUGUCUUCCGGACAUUUGAUGAGUUCCAGGAGCUCCACAACAAACUUGGUAUUCUCUUUCCUCUCUGGAAGUUACCAGGCUUUCCUAAUAAGAUGGUUCUGGGAAGAACCCAUAUAAAAGACGUAGCGGCUAAAAGAAAAGUGGAGCUCAACAGCUAUAUACAGAGUCUGAUGAACAGUUCUUCGGAGGUGGCAGAAUGUGAUCUUGUUUAUACUUUUUUCCAUCCUUUACUUCGUGAUGACAAAGUGGAAGGAAUAGAUGGAAUAGCCAGACCUACAGGUAGGUAACAUUUUUGGGGGUGGUGUCUGUAAACUAAUGACUGUAUUAUACAACCUUGGCAAUGUGACUUAAAACAAAAAAAAUUUAAUUAACUGCAACUUUCCCUCUCUGAAAAC